AUGACAAGUAACAAACAAGGAUUUCACCAGGCCCUUGUUGUUUCCAACAUCAAGAAUUAUGUCUUUAUUGUUCUUGAGUUGAAAAACGUUCAAUACACGACAUGGGCGGAGUUGUUCAAGAUCCAUGCUCGUUCUCAUUGGGUCCUUCAUCACAUCAUCCUACUGGUCCCUGUUCUACCGACGCUAUCGACGGAUGAAGAGAAAGAUAUGUGGCUAACUCUCGAUGACACUGUCCUUCAGUGGAUCUAUGCCACAAUCUCACAGGAUCUUCUUCACACGAUCUUGGAACUAGACUCUACAGCCGAGCAAGCCUGGACACGGCUACGUAGUAUUUUUCAAAAUAACUGUCAUUCUCGUGCAGUUUCCCUCGAGCAAGAGUUUUCCACCACCAUCAUGGCAGAUUUUUCUGGGAUCUCGGCUUAUUGUCAACGUCACAAAGUCCUGGUCGAUCAGUUGAAGGGCGUCGAUAGCCCGGUCUCGAACGACCGCCUCAUAUUGUAG